GAGGCUGGCGGGGCCGGGCCGGGCUGGGCCGGGCCGGUGCUGCCGCUGUCGGGGAGGGGACGCGUCAGGCAGCGGCGGCACCGGGCAGUGCCGCCCGUCUCUGCCCGCCGCUGUCCCUAGGCCUCGGCUGCGCCCCGGGGCAGGGAACUGCCCCCCUCGGACGGGAGCUGCCCCUGCCGGUGGAGAGAACGGAGGAGUGGGAAGGGGUAGGGAUGGCAUGGAGCAGCGAGGAGGGGAGGAACAGCGCUGGGAGCAGACAAAGCGGGCAGCGCUGGGCACUGGUUGUGCUCCUCUCACCUGCGGGUCCUCCGCCGCUGCUCGGUCCCUGCGGUGUUCCACACUUCCACUGCUUCACAGCUGCCCGGUCACAACACGACAGAAGGCAGGAUAGGAGCUGAACUAGCGAUACUGUUUUAUUUUAUUUUUAGAAUUAAAAUGCUUUCUAUGGGGACUUCUGCUUCUGAUGCCAGGACUCUUUUGAAGACCUCAUUUGUUGCAUGGUUUAAAGGAAGAUGAUGUUGUUAGUGAAUUCUGAACAUCCUUCAGGAGGCUGAUGACCCUUCUGUUGUUGGUGUGUGCUGUCAUGGACAACUUCAAAUGGUAAAGCUCUUUUCCAAAACACCACAGGCAGUUAAUGAAACUUAUAAAGGACUCCUGACUUUUUGCAUCUUCCUAAAUCCUAUCUAGAUGCCACCAGUGUUUCCCAUGUUAACAGUUCUGAGCAUGUUUUACUACAUGUGCCUUCGGCGCCGAGCUAGGACAGCGACAAGAGGAGAAAUGAACAGUCGGAGGGCGAUUGAAUCAAACACCCGAGCCUUACCUAUCAACGUUGAAAUAGUUCAGUAUGCCAAAGAAGUGUUGGAUUUCAGCUCUCACUAUGGCAGUGAGAACAGCAUGUCCUAUACCAUGUGGAAUUUAGCAGGCUUUCCCAACGUGUACCCUAGUUCUGGUGACUUUACCCAGACUGCUGUCUUUCGAACUUACGGCACCUGGUGGGAUCGCUGCCCGAGCGCUCGGCUGCCUUUCAAGAGGACACCAUCCACCUUCUGUAGCCAAGACUAUGUGGAACUUGCUUUUGAGGAACCAGUUUAUCCCACUGCAGUGCACAUUCUGGAAACCUAUCAUCCUGGAGCUGUAGUCAGGAUUUUGGCAUGCUCUGCAAAUCCUUACUCACAAAAUCCACCAGCUGAAGUAAGAUGGGAAAUACUUUGGUCUGAGGCACCUACAAAGGUGAAUGGUCCUCAGGCUCGACAGUUCACACCUUGUAUCAAACAGAUAAACUUUCCCACAAACUUGAUCCGACUGGAAGUGAACAGCUCUCUUCUGGACUAUUACACUGAAUUGGAUGCAGUAGUACUACAUGGUGUGAAAGAGAGGCCUGUGCUUUCACUUAAGACUUCAAUGAUUGAUAUGAAUGAUAUAGAUGAAGAUGAGGAUGAAGAAAAAUUUGCCUGUGGAAUGGAUGCCCUUAAUAAACAGUUCAGCAUUGUUACCCUCAGGGAAUGGCCAACUAAUGGAUAUUUUGAUAAACUGCCUUAUGAGCUCAUCCAGUUGAUUUUGAGUCACCUUACAGUACCAGACCUGUGUAGACUAGCACAAACUUGUAAGCUACUGUAUCAACAUUGCUGUGACCCUCUACAGUACAUUCAUCUCAGUUUACAACCUUACUGGGCAAGGAUUAAUGACACAUCCCUGGAGUACCUACAGUCUCGCUGCACGCUCAUCCAGUGGCUGAAUUUAUCUUGGACUGGAAACAGGGGAGCCAUCUCUGUUUCUGGAUUUAGCAGAUUCCUGAAAGUCUGUGGCUCUGAACUAGUACGUCUUGAGUUGUCUUGUGGCCAUUUCCUCAAUGAAACGUGCUUGGAGGUCAUCACUGAAAUGUGUCCAAAUCUUCAGGAAUUAAAUCUCUCAUCAUGUGAUAAAAUACCACCUCAGGCUUUCAACCACAUAGCCAAAGUGGGCAGCCUAAAGCGUCUCAUUCUCUACAGAACCAAAGUGGAGCAAACAGCCCUGCUCAGUAUUUUGAACUUCUGCUCGGAGCUGCAGCACCUCAGCCUGGGCAGCUGUGUCAUGAUUGAAGACUACGACCUUAUAGCAAGCAUGAUGGGAGCAAAAUGCAAAAAGCUUCGCAGUCUGGAUUUGUGGAGAUGUAAAAACAUAACUGAAAGCGGGAUCGCGGAAUUGGCUUCGGGCUGCCAGCUUUUGGAAGAACUUGAUCUCGGGUGGUGUCCUACCCUCCAGAGCAGUACAGGCUGCUUCACAAACCUUGCGCGCAAACUCCCAAAUUUGCAGAAGCUCUUUCUUACAGCCAACAGGUCUGUGUGUGACACUGACAUCGAGGAGCUCGCUGCCAACUGCACGCACUUACGGCAGCUGGAUAUAUUGGGAACAAGGAUGGUGAGCCCUGCAUCUUUAAGAAAAUUGCUGGAGUCUUGUAAAGAUCUUUCUUUACUCGAUGUGUCCUUCUGUUCACAGAUCGAUAAUAGAGUUGUGCUGGAACUGAAUGCCAACUUCCCUAAUGUGUUCAUAAAAAAGAGUUUCACCCAGUGACUCCCUACAUAUGCUGCUGUGGAACUCGUUUGACAGAGUUGUUUUCCUGUAAAUUUCUGCUGAUUUUUUUUUAAGGAGAAUAUAAAUCUGCUAUAAAAUAGUGGAAAAUAUUAAUUAUCUACACAAAUGGGUAAAAUACAUUUAAAUGUAUUAUGCUUCUUAAAGUUGAAAUUGUACCUAAGAAUUAUUUUACUCUGUUAAUUGGUGGCACUGCAUGUUUUUAAAUACUAGCCAUAUGUCUGGCUUUAAUGAGAAGCAAAUGAAUGUCUUCUUAAAUGUCCCUUCACAGUGUGUUAUACAAUAUGUUAAUAUCCAGGUGAAAGCAGAAGUUCAAUAUUUAUCAGUAAAGAAAAUAUGGGUGCUUCCUUUUCAUAUGCUUGUGUGUGUAUGUAUAAAUGUAUACAUAUGUAUUUGUAUAUGUAUUUGUAUACAUACACAGAUAUUGUAGCAUUCUAGUUUGGCCUGCAGCAUAAGAUUUUAUGAUCUGGCCUAUAAUUAUUUGAAAACCAGUUUAAAUUGUGUAUAAGAACAGAUAGAAAAGGCACUUUGUCUUCUUCAAGUUUUGGCAAUGAAUUGUAUCUGAUACAGUUUUCUCCCUUCCUUCACCUGAAAUAGAUGUAAUGAUGUCCAGCCUAAGCAACACAACAUAAAUGCAAGAAUCUGGACCACCUGAACUUAGAGCAGAAAUGAAAGAUUAAAGUUACAGCUGCUUCUUGGUAUUGAGAUACAAUAAGCCAAGUACUUAAUGUUGUAACUGGUAACGUGUAGAAAACUCCGGGGUAGUUUCCUUUUUCAAAUUUCUGUCAAGGUCAAGACUUGAUUUGUGAUACAUCUGGUUAUUGUGCAGAGUAUCAUGAAAAGUAGAACUUAGGGUAAUGUGUUAGCAACUGUCCUUUCACUGGCAUAAAAUCUACUGUCAGGUGUAAAAACAAGCAUCUUCGUUCAGUAAAACAGCAAUGAAAAUAUAAUGGGUUUGAAACGAGGGCAAUACAAUUUGAUGAUUUUAUGAUCACCAAACCUUAAUACUGGAUUUGUUUUGUUUGGGUUUUUGUUUUGUUUCGUUUUUCCGAGAGGAGAGUAGCUCAAAGUACUUGCACUCUUUAAGACUGCUUAACCUCUGGAGAAGGAAAACUGUGUUGAUGGACAAUUUCUGGAAGUUUCUUCCUUUUGCACUUUCUUGGACGAAGCUUUUCUUUUUUUUUCCCUUGAAUACCACUGCUAGAGUAUGUUGCUGUGUACAGCUUUGGUUUAGAUUUUUACCCUUUAGCCAUUGUUGAUGCAUAUGGACCAUAAAAUAUAGGCUGUCUUUUGAUACUGAUUCUCUUAUUCUUAUAUUGAUGGCACUUAUUACCUACUGGAAUAAGAAGAAAAAUACUUUGUCUGAGAGAAGUACAGUAUUGUACUGAAGAUCAGUGACAAAGAACACUUCAGUUCAUGCAGUAAAUAACCAACUGCUACUAGAGGACUGCUGCAAAUCGUUAAAAAUCUGACAAUCUCUGUGACUCCUGAAUGACUGCUUUGAACUCUUUGUGCUGGUGCCAAUACUUUAUAAACCAUGUCAUGAAACAGCUACAGAACAUUUAUCUGAUUUUAUUGAAAGACCUAGUUCUUCAGAUUUUUAAAUUUUGCUGAAUCUCUGAGGAGUUCCAGAUCCAAAGAAGGGCAUGCACAGUUGGCUUUUUGAUUUUUUCCCUCCACACAGAUGGCACUAUGGGAUUUCCAACUAGUUUAUGCCAUUCCAUUUUUUUCUUCUUUAGAAAUCUGGGCAUUGUCAGAGAACUUUAGAUUGAUUUACUUUUUUUUCCAUACUGAAAGAUGUCAGCUUUGGUAUGAUUCUCUGUGAGACCUCAAUUCUUUCAAUCAUGUUUGGCUUCAUUUGUUUUUCUGUGAAAUUUUACCUUUUUUUAGUCUAUAUUUUUCAUUGUAAUUAUUAAACAUUAUUAUUAUUCUAGUUACAUGAGAAAACAGGUACAGAUAAUGGGAGUUUACAAAGAACAGAGUUAAAAAAUAUAUUUGUUAUAAAAUUUCACUUCUCAGGGGUUGUUCUGUGUUUAUCUCCUUUUUUUUGUAUAGAGAUUUGUUUUGUUUGUUUUUCACUGUAAAUAGAAUGCGAUGUGGAUGAAGUGAUAGCCAUUGUGCCUUCAAACUGGUAAACUUGGUAGAUAAUAGAGUUUUUCUCAUCAGUGAAUCAAAGAAGUGUUUUUGUAAUCACAUACGUGUAAAGAAUUUCAUUCUCUUGCUUUUUAGGUAGCAUAAAGAAGGUUUAAAUUGAAAUUUUUUUCAUACUGGAGGAUUUUUUUUCUUAUGUUGCAUCUUCUGUUUGAAAAUGUUUUUUCAGGAAUUCUCUAUUGUCACUUGGAAGAUAAAUUGAAGUUGACUUUUUAUUUGGAUUGUUUAAAAUUUGGCUAUUACCAACAUAUAAUUAAUUCAAAGAGCAGAGAAGCAAUUGGGAGUGACUUCCAUCUAUAGUUGUACACUUCAACCUUCAGUCAGACAGUAAGAAGCUCUUUUAGCUAUGGCCUUAUAAGUCCAAGAAGUCUUCCAGCAAAACAAAGUUAGACCAGACUUGACAUUUGUAAUACGUGUAGAUUAAAGAAAACAACUUGCUUUUAGACCUUCCUCAUAUGUCACAAAGAAGCAAGAAUAGGUCACUGUCUCUUUAGUUCUGCUGUCUUAUACUUAAGUGUGUCUAUUUAUUUAUAUAUAUGUAUGCAUAAAUUAUAUAUACACACACUCAUGUUUGUGUGUCUGUAUGAAUUCUUUUGGAUGUGUGUACAUACAUAAACAUAUAUCUAUAAAUCUCAACGUUUUUCAUGUAGGAAUUACUUUUGUAAAGUGAGUGUAAUAGAAAAAAUGUGUCUCAUAGCAGUUCUGCUUUCAACUAUUGCUUUACUCUACCUGGAGACUGAGUUCAUCUCCACCCAUGCAGCAGGAAAAGCCUGGACAGAUGUGCUGAAUUUCCAGUGUUGCUUUGCCAAAGUGCCUUUUGGUUUGUCUGCUCGUGAAAGGUGUUACAGGGUGUGAAGUGUGAAUGCAAAGUCUGAUAACUGCUGUGGACUGUCUCCUUGCAAAGCAGUCAUAUAGAGGGAAACUUAUAUUCUAGUUUCAUUUAAUCCAAAGUGAAUUAUGUCAGUUCCUCCACUGGAGGAAUUUAAUUACUCUUGAAUUGGGUCUCAUCUCCAUCACUAGACUGUCCCUCAGUCAUGUUAUCUAAAUUCUGCUGUUAAGGAUAUUCUUUUUUUUUAAUCCUGUUGUUUGAUUAUUUGUCUUUCUGAAGCUUUGUAAAAGAUAUGCUUUGGCAACAAAUGUUAAAAAAAAUGGCUAACAUGUCCCAAAAAAGGGGUUUACUCUGAACUGCUCCUGUUUUUAAACUAAAGGGGAUCUUCCAUACCCUCUGUAUGAAAUUGAUGUGGGAUGGCCUGUAGGUAAUGAUGUAAUUCCUUGGGUAAUUUAAAAAACUAGUCUGAUAACUGUACCAUUUAAAGCAUCUUCUUAACUCUUCAGGGCUUUAAUUCAGUAGUGUACUUAGUUGUAUUCAUAAUUUUGAGCUAUCUGGCUGCAUAGCUCUAUGAAAUGUGUGGGGCUUCUGUUCUUUAAAUUAUACACCUGAUUAAGUCCAGUAGUGAGCAUGACUCAUAUAGAACAGUUUUUCGUGGGAGUUUGGACCUUGUAAUCCCCCAUGUACUUGGAGGUCCCAAGUUUCAGACAAAAAACCACAAGUGAACAAACAACAAAACGUACUAAAACUUUUGUAUUUCUGUAGAGCUCUUAUGCUAAGUUUUCCAGAUAUAAGAUGUCUAGUAAUCAUGGUACACAGUGAGUAGAAUUCAUCUCACUGAAUGUUAGUUCUCUGAAAGUUAGACAUCUACUUCAAGGAAGGAAUCUGGGCACCUCUAGAGAGUUAUUAAUCUCCUAAGGCAGACAUUUCAGGAAAGUGGAAUGAAUCAUGUUCUAGGGAGCCUCUCUGGAGACUGUGGAAGCUGUGAUUUAGCUCAGGUUAGAUACUAAACUGAGAUUAAUUCCAUCCAGUGCUGUACUACCUGUCCUGAAAAACAAGACUGAAACAACAUCCAUCCUUAAACCAUCAAACCCUCCAAAUCAAAUUCCAUCCAGACCAUCCAGAGAGAAGCAAACAAACAAAAAAAAAAAAAAGAAAUGCUGAGGAGGAAACCUUGAGGAGUUUUCUUAAUGCCAGGAUCUGCUUCUGUCCCUUGCUAAUACCUGUGAUAUAUAAUUCAUUUUAUUUUGUUUGUUUGGGUUUGGUUUUUUUUGGAAAUGCAUCCUCUUUCCCUGUUCCAAAAUCUCAUGUACAUAACUGGCUGUAUGUAUAGUUCUGUAAAUGUGUGAACAGACAAACAUAAUUAAUGUAUUGCCACUAUUUUGAUAAUCUUUCAUAUUGCUAUAAUUAAGACUGAGUAGUUUAACUGCUCUGCUGUCAUCAGAAAUGUCACCCACUGUGCAUUUGCAAAAAUUGUGUGCCGAGUUCUGGUUCUUACUGUGUGUACUUAUUGCAUCUUAUGGGAUAUAUUUCCCAUGUCACAUCAGCAGGACUGCUAAAUUUACAAAAACUAAAUAAAAUGUAGCAUUUUAUUAUGAGGACUAUGGAGGCGACUUUAUAUGUAUGAUUUACAUAUUAAUUAUUGCUCUUUAACAGUGAUUCUGUAAGUUGUAGCUUUGGAAAUGACUAUACUAGAAAUCCCUGGUUUAAUGCAUCUGCACAUGCUGUGUCAGAUGCAGUCAGUUUUUUUCCCAGAUGAAGACAUUAGUCCUUCACUGAGUUGAUGGUUUCUGUGAUUUUUAGAUAUCUGGCUUGAUAAUGAAGUGCAAGAAGAUGCUCUUUAAUAAAUGUUACCAGCACAGGACAAGCUGUAGUAACUGACAUUGGGAAGGGCUGAGAAAUGAGUGUUGGAUGUUACAGAUCCUCAGGAGCUUCAGAGAAAUGCAUCAACAGGAAGAGUCUCAUUAAGAAGAUUCAGCCUCUGUAAUAGGAGGCAGUGGUGAGAUUUUCCUUUUCAGCUAAUGGACUAAAUACUUUUGUUUGAGUUACAUAGCUCUGAUUUCUCCAUGUCUUGUUUUCACUUAAGGAUGGUAAAUGGUGCAUCUAGGACACACAUCCUAAACUGAAGGGAGUUUUGAGGAAUGAAGUUUUUCUGUUGCAUGUUUUGUUCACCUUUUCUAAAAAUAAAAGAAUAAAAAUACCCUCAGCUAUUUGAAAACUCAUUUUCCUUAGAUUCUGAAGAAAUGUAAAGGUCAAGAAGGUUGAGGAAAGAAAAAAAGAGGACUUACUCAGAUUUAUCUGGAAGCUCAUGGAAGGGUAGCCAGAGCUAUUUGUAGAUGUGAGGAAAGUAAGUGCCUUGCUCUAGAUCAGCUCUUACCUUUCCCAGGAACCUAGCUUUCCACAUAGAAUCACUUGCUCAUACUUCUCAAUCAAGAUUUACCAUUUAGAUGCUCUUAAUAUUGACCUUUCAUGUGCAUGUUAAGUAAGUCAGAAUGUAUCUUUUUUUCAUUUUUAUCAACUACAUAAAAAUAUUUUUUCUUUGCCUACCACUGUGAAAUCAUGUUUUUUGUUAUUUAAUGCAACUAUUUCAUGCAUGUACACACAGGCACAUGUAGGACUUAAUUGCUCAGAUAUUUUGCAGCUGGUCCUGUUCUGAGGACAAGCUGCAGUUUGGGGAUAAAAAUUAUAGUCUCUGGAGAAGGUUCAAGGGAAAUCUGAUCAAUGUAUUGGAAUGAAGAAGAGGGAGCCAGAUUCUUCUCAGUGAUGCCGAUGAACAGGACAAGAGGCAGUGUGCACAAACUGAAACACACAAGAUGACACAUUCUAUGGCACAGGUUGCCUAGAGAGCUUGGGGAGUCUCCAUCCUUGGAGAUCCUCAUCAUCCUGGGCACUGACUGGAUGGCCCUACUUGAGCUGGUGACCUCCAGAGGUCCCUUUCCAGCUUCAUUUGUUCUUUGUUCUAUCAUCCGAGAUACCCCUGUGGUUGGUUUCUUUGCUUCAUUGUACUGAUUGCUGAGCAAGGUAGGGAGAGGUGAAAACGAAAAAUACCUGGCAUAAGGAACUUGUCAUGUUGAGAACAGACACAAGAAUCUUGUACAUUUCCUUUUUUUGUUAUUUUAGGACAAGUAACAUCUCUCAGAGAUGGGUUCCCUUUUAUCAGACCUUGGUCUCUCUAGAUUUUUCUUUAGGAUGGUGCCACAGAUUUUUGCAUAUACCCACUGUUCUGAAACAAACAGAAAAAAUAGCUGGCUUGGUUAGAAUUUGGAAACUAAUGGCUAGUCUAUGUUUGAAGUUAUUUUGGAAUAGUUACUAAAAGUACAUUAAAGUAACCAGGAAUUGAUGUGUUCACAGGGAGACUUUUCACUUUCUGAUUUAACUUUGGCAUUCAGACAAUUACAGGUGCCCUUCAGCUGUCACGGAGAAAUCUGUGUGAUGGUGAUCUUUCUGGAUUUUGUUAAUUAACAUAAAGCCACUGCACCUCUUCAGCAUCUUGUGGCAUUUUGCAUUCCUGUCCUUGCCAGGCAGAUGGUGGAGUUGAGGGUUGUGGAGAUUGGCCUAGCUCUGGAAGUGAGGUGUGUGAAUUGCCUGGGGAAAUUUCCUGGUUGUAUUUAUUCAUAUGUGCAGAUGAGAAGGAAGGGCAUCUCCAGACUUUCACAUUUAAAUACCUAAAUCCAGCACCUGGAUUCAUUUAAACAUAAUAGGUCUCUCUCCCUGCCCCCGUCACAUAACCAGCAACAAAAUACUUGCAUUGUAUUUAUGAUUUAAUAGUACGCUCCAUUUUCUGCCACAAUAGGAGUUUGAGUAAUGUAACAAGAAGCUCCUGUUGCACUACCUUUUAAAGAAACUAAUUUCUGUAAAGGUGGGAGAGCAGCAAUAGAGGGAAUAGUUCCAAACACUAUCUGUAAAUACCUGUGCUGUGCAUGCUAUGCCUGUAAGCACCAGAAGCAAGUUAUGCCUUUUUGUAAUAACAAGUUGAGAAGGACAAAAGGGAUAAUUGCCUCUAAGCACAUUUUCUGUAGCUGGAGGAUAUUUAUAUCAUUGAAUUUUAAAUAUCUCGAGUAGAUACUAAAGUUAGGACACUAUUCUCCUAGGGUCCUGUCACUGAGUAGAUAGGUUCUUCUAUAGGGUAAUUCAGAUCAGAUUAGUCUUCAGUUGAGGUCUUGAAUUAACCUUUGGAGAAGCAAAGGUCUGUGUAGACCCAAUAAAAUUUCUGUUGGAAGGUAGCAUGAGAGAGUAAGAGGUUGCUUACCCGUUGGUGCUCUGUAUUAGUCCUCUAGCUUGAUGUGCUUCCACCAAAGGCCACCACUUGCUUUGCUCUGUCUGCUUGCUUUGAACUGGAUUUGAUUGUUCCCUACAAAAUAUCAGUUAAAACUAGAAAACUGCUUGUUUUAUAGUAGUUGUCCUUUUGGUUGUUUGGGUUUUUUUACCCUCCUAAUUUGGCUAUUAAAGCAAGCAGAAGGAAGGGGGCAUUUAGCUUCAAUUAAAAGAAUAACAAGCAGCAGGUGGGAGCAUGUUGGUUGUGCAAAUGCUUUAAUUCAAAUUAGCAUAAAUGAGGAUAGCCACUCUUGAUUGUGAUCCAAAGCUUCUUAAUUUUUACAUAGUUCAUCUCAGUACUGUGCCACAAAAAUGUCCAAAGUGAAGUUGUUUAUUUGCACCUCAUGAUGGUGGCUCAAGCCCUAAAGUAUAAAAUGCUACUGUGAACAUAUGAGAACAUUCAGGUCCUAACUGACUUCAAUAAAUUACCCGAAAAAGAUCCUUCCUUCCAAACAGACAUUGGAAGUUAGAUUAGAGAGGUAAUAAGAGCAUAUUUAAAGUAUGGUGAAGGCAGUGGUUAGCAAAUCUAAGCUGGAGGGAGGGGCAACAGUUCUCAGAUGUGUUUUUCAGGACUUUUUUCCUGAUCUUAAGCUGCAUUGGCCUGUGAAGCUAACAUCCACCCCUUUGCAGUCCUAAAUAUAGUCAGUGUUCCAGGAGCUCUUUCUGUAUGUGCAGUCUUAGAUCCCAAAUCUGUUUUCUGUGUUCCUAUUCAGUAAUUAGCUUAUCCACUUUUUAGUUUUGUCUUCCUCUUAGUAUACUAAGCAGUGUUUCUCUUAGCAUCUAUAUUUAUUUUUAAUAUUCCCUCUCUGAGAUUCAUGUUUUUUUUAUAUACUUAGGCAAGUACUCGAUUACAUUUCAAAAUAAGGUUUUUUUGAUCUGUGUUCUGCCUGACCGAGAGUAAGUGGAAGAUGUUAUUGGUGUAUUCCUUUUUUUCAGAUUUGGCUACUGUAUCUUUCUUUCUGUGUGUAAACCCAAAGGUUUUACAUGUGUCUGCAUUUGCAGACACAGCUCUGGCAUGGAUCCCUGGCUCCUCCUCAUUUGACUGAUGCUUUUGGGGUAUGAAGUAUGGGUUGACUUGAAUACACACAUACACACAAAACAGAGAUGUUAGCCCUGUAUUCAUGAAGGAUUUCAUUUAUUACGGAGAAAUCAUCUAAUGCCUUAUAUAGCUAAUUCAAAGAAAAAUCUUCUUAUCUUUAAAAGUUAAUCAAUGAUUUCUAUUUAGGAAAUUAAGCCUAUUUUCUUCUGCUGUGUUGGAUCAUUUAAAAUAUCAUAAUACUCUGUUGUGCAGUUUACUCAAUUACUGCCAGUAUAAAGAAGUUGAAAUUAAUGUUCUCCCUGAGUUGUUAGUGUCUGCUAAUUUAAAGAUGACAGAAAUGUGUUAAAAUAUAUUCAACCUAUAAUAUUUAUCUUGCUUUGCACUUAAUUUGUUUCUCUUUGACUGUCUUGCAAAAUGCCAAGUGUGCAUAAAAUAAUGAAUAAAUAAAAAAUAAAUUAUUUGUCUACA